AGCAGUGCAUGAAGGCAGCAGGAAGAGCGGACGAGGUUCAGGACCAGUACAGGACAGGUUCCGCAUUAUUUUUCUUACUUUGUAGACAAACAUUUGCGAUGGAUUCACAGCCUCCUCCAAAGCCAUGGGAAAGGCGGAUUCCAGGAUCAAUAAGUGCACCUGUAAACUACAGGUCUACAGACUUUGGACCCACUGCUGGCCCCUCUGUAUCUGCCGGCCCUCCUGUCCUGACUAGGAUGGCCCCCCCAAUUCCUCCUCGUCCCGUCCAGCAGUCCUACCGUCCGUCCUACACCUCUUUCACCUCCUCUUACAGUCCCUAUGGGAGCUCCAUCUAUGGGGGUUACAGCCCCUACAGCUAUGGUGGUGGCUAUGGCGGUGGCUACGGCCUCGGAGGGUACAGCCGCUUACCCCACACAGAAGACAUUGCCCCCAGUAGGUUUGUGCAGCAGGCAGAGGAGAGUAGCCGCGGUGCCUUCCAGUCCAUCGAGAGCAUCGUCCAGGCCUUUGCCUCAGUUAGUAUGAUGCUGGACGCCACCUUUUCAGCCGUGUAUAACAGUUUUCGUGCCGUGCUGGACGUGGCCAAUCACCUGACACGGCUGCGUGCGCACCUCACCAGGGUUUUGUCAGCAUUUGCAUUGGUGCGCACCUUGCGAUACCUCUACCGACGGUUACAGAGGCUGCUGGGGAGGAGGUCAGACUCUGAGGUUGAUGACUUGUGGGCAGAUAGUGCGAGUGACGCCCUGGCUACAGGUGCAUCCAGAGGGCAUGGAGCAGGGGUGGAGGAUUUGAGUCAAGUUAAGUCCUGGCCAAUCAUUCUGUUUUUCGCUGUAGUCCUGGGUGGACCCUAUCUCAUCUGGAAACUGCUGAGCUCCAGCCCUGGCUCUGAGGAAAGCGCUACUAACUGGGCCAGCGGGGAGGAUGACCAUGUUGUGGCAAGAGCAGAGUACGACUUUUCAGCUUCAUCUGAGGAGGAGAUUUCUCUGCGGGCUGGAGACAUGCUCAACCUCGCCCCUAAAGAGCAACAGCCCAGGGUACGUGGCUGGCUGCUGGCCAGCGUGGAUGGUCAGACCACAGGGCUUGUCCCCGCCAACUAUGUGAAGGUCCUUGGCAAGAGGAGAGGUCGUAAACAUGCAGAGAUGGAGAGGCUUGCUCAGGUCCAGCAAGAGAACUCGCAGGCCUCCUACACAGCCUCGGCUGCACACCCACAGCCCAAUCCUACCCAAGGCUUUACUCCAGGCCUCGGUUCAGCCUCCACCUCAGCUUCCUCAGAGGAGCUGCUAGAGUCGGUGUUCAGAGAAACACCAGCUUCCGUCAGUCUGGGAACAUCCAACUCCAGCCUCAGUUUGCCCUCCAGCACAGUGCUAAACAUCCCAGACAAGACUGACCUGUGAUGUUUGUGCGUGUGUGCAUAUCUCUGUAUGAAAGUCUGUGUGUGUUCAUAACAUCGGUCGGCUCAGUCAGUUUUUGUUUUCGAUGUUUAAAAGCUUGACUAAUAAACAGCUGACUGUAGAUAUUUAGGGGAACACUGUGGACCUCAGCAAGAAUUGAUCAAGGUCCCAUGUUCAUAAAAAUUAUGAUUCAGUCUUCAAACACAAUUUUGAUUUUGGUUAUUGGUCAAACACACAGGUUCCCUGUAGUUGUACUGUUCUGUUUAGAAGCAGCGUGUUUCAAAUUAUGAGGUUGUCUUUACAUUUCUUUAGUCAGAGCUUGUGUAAGAAAGAAAGCUUUGUGCAUGCUCUCAGUAUGGUGCAAUGCUGUUCUUAAAAUCAUGUCUGAUGCGAGAUGUAAUGUCUACAGAUUGCUCAACAACAAGAAUUAGUUCAUGUUAAAGUGAAUGAAUCGUGCCGAUGUCAUCUGUACACUAACAAGAACGAAGCAGAGGUAUUUAGUUUCAUAAUGUAAUUAUGUAACCUUGCAUUUGGUCUUGGCCCUCAUUUGUAAGCUGCUUUGUCCUCUGUAUUGUGUUCUUAGUAGAGAAAAUGAGAAUGAUUCAUUCAGAAUGAGAGGGGGCUGAUUUUGCACAUUUUCAACAGUUCAUUAGUUACAGAAGUACACAGUAAUUUUGUAAAUAUUUAAUAUAAUUAUUUUGAAAAUAAAUAUUUUCAAAAAUC